AUGGGAGCGCAGUAAAGCGCAGGCGGACUGAAGGAGUUUCACUCUGAGCUCCUCAAUGGUCAUCGUCACACAUGUACUGACCCCUCUGGCUCCCGAAGCAGCCCGCUCAUAGACAUCAUCUUCCAUCCGGAUUUGUAUUGGCCCUCUUUUUUUAUUUCGUUCCCCGCAGCUCAUGCAAGGCUGCAGCCACACCUACAUCCAAGUCUUAAUUAUCAGACAAUCAUCACUGACUGCCUGCUGUCUGCUGUUCACAUGCUGGGAGACAAGGCUCACGGUGUGACUUUGAAGGUUAUGGAGUACACGUAUGACGACGACCUGGAAGAGCUGUGUCCUGUGUGCGGAGACAAAGUGUCCGGAUACCACUACGGCCUGCUCACCUGCGAGAGCUGCAAGGGCUUCUUCAAGAGGACAGUGCAGAACAACAAGAGGUACACAUGUGCAGAAAACCAGGAGUGUAAAAUUGACAAGACCCAGAGGAAGAGAUGUCCUUUCUGUCGCUUUCAAAAAUGCCUCAACGUCGGGAUGCGGCUAGAAGCGGUGCGUGCAGAUCGCAUGCGUGGGGGGAGGAAUAAAUUUGGCCCCAUGUACAAGAGAGACAGGGCCUUGAAGCAGCAGAAGAAGGCUUUGAUACGAUCCAAUGGGUUCAAGCUGGAGAGUGCAGCCCCUCCACCAGCCUCCCCUUUGCAGACUGACUACAGCUUCACUGGCACCCUUCACACGCUGCCCACCAUCUCAAAAAGCUUGCUCCCCUCCACUCCGAGUUCGAUCACCCCCACAGACUACGAGGCCAACCUCUAUGGACCCCCAUCCCUGGGCAUGGCCAUGCAGUCUCACGUGCCCCUCACCACCCAGUACCAGUACACAGCCUUUUCUGGCAGGGCGAUCAAAGCAGAGUGCCCCGACUACACCAGCUCUCCUGAGCCUUUGACAGGAUACCCUUACCCAGAAAUGUAUCCCUCAGCCUCACCACAACCACCCAGCUUACCGCCGCUGGUGCUAGAGCUGUUGCGCUGUGAUCCAGAUGAACUGGUGGUGCAGAAUAAGAUCGUUACUCAUCUGCAGCAGGAGCAGAGCGGCCGGGGCCGACUGGACAAGCCCAGUACCUUCAGCCUCAUGUGUCGCAUGGCCGACCAGACUCUGUUCUCCAUAGUCGAGUGGGCUCGGAGCUGCAUCUUCUUCAAAGAACUGAGGGUGGGAGAUCAAAUGAAGCUGCUCCAUAACUGCUGGUCUGAACUUCUGGUCCUGGAUCACAUUUUCAGACAGGUGCAACAUGGAAAGGAAGACAGUAUCCUGCUGGUGACUGGCCAGGAGGUGGAGCUGUCAUCCAUCUUGUCCCAGGCUGAGGUGACUCUGUCCAGUUUGGUCCAGAGAGGUCAGGAGCUGGCAGCGAGGCUGAGGGCUCUGCAGGUUGACCGCAGAGAGAUUGCCUGUCUGAAAUUCCUUCUCCUGUUCAACCCCAAUGUAAAGCUGCUAGAGAACCAGGCCUUUGUGGAGGGCGUCCAGGAGCAGGUGAAUGGUGCUCUGCUGGAGUACACCCUGUCCACCUACCCUCAGUUCCAGGAGAAGUUCAGCCAGCUGGUGGUGCGACUGCCAGAACUGCGAUCCCUCAGCACGCAGGCCGAAGACUACCUGUGCUACAUGCAUCUGAGUGGGGAGGUGCCGUGCAACAACCUGCUGAUCGAGAUGCUGCAUGCUAAGAGAGCGUGUGUGUGAGGGACGCACACAGGAUGCUCCGCCGCCAUGUGUUGAUUGUCUAGGUGAGACUAUGUGUGUGGAAGUGAAAGUGUGAGUGAGAUGGAAAAUUCAAAUGAAGAUAGACAGUUUCUCGCUGGGCUGUCUCUGUGUGGGCUUUGUUAGAGUUUGGAAUUAUUCAACUCAGUCCGUACUCAAGGUGGUUUUGAGAUGUUGAAUGUCAGUGUUUUCAUAUUCUGCAAAACUACAUCAAUGUGACCUUUAUAAACUGGAUUUUCUACCCUGUUUUCAAACAUCUAAAACUCGAUUUGCCUGUACAUUACAUUAUGUCUUUUUUGACCAAAUAUAACAUGAAUCCAAAAUCCCAGGCAAGAUUUUCUACAUUUCAGAGCUGCCCAGCAAAUAUUUUGACUCCAGCCUGCACCAGUGUUGAACAGCCAUUUAAACAUGGCGUCCUGAUGAAUGUCAUUUGUAACUACUUGCUUCAUUUUGUACCAUUCAUACCUAAAUAUCUGUGCGGUAUCACUACAAAACAGUUACCAAUGUCACUUUGACACAAUUUCCAGUGUGAACUCAGUGCUGGGGGGGCCUGAUGGUGGCGUCACAUCACAGAAUGGGACUAUCUGCUGGCUGGGCCACUGUGCACUUUUUAAAACACAUUUUGUAGCCUCUUUUCAGAUUCAGAUUUUAGAAUUAAAAUGAGCCAUUUUUGAUCCAAGAGUGAAUUGCAACAAUGACCCUAGAUUAUUAAUAACAUUACUAUUAUUAUUUUUGGAUGAGAACACAACUCACUGUGGUCUUGUCAGACCAGACUAGCACUGCUCGUAUCACAGCACUUCUUUCUGUGUCCAGCCCUGCAGAAAACCGAAAUGUGAAAGCUUUAUGAGGUUCAGUGAAUUUUUUUAAUAAUCUAUUUAAAUGUUAAUAUAUUGAUAUAUCAAAGCCAGAAUUGUUAAGAAAAACACACUUUUAUGCAGUUGUUCUUUAACGCUUUUUAAACCAAGAAAGUAAACAAUGAGAAAGAGAAAAACUGUUCACAGCAACGCUUUGUGGGUGAAAAAUUAGAAAGGAAUCCAGACACAUCAGUGCAGUGUAAAUGGUAAGGGACACAUUUUUCUUUUUUGAAGUAAACAUGUGCAAAGCAAAAAGAAGCAUUUGCAAUGUUUGUCCUUCAGUUUUCACUGAGUUUGUGACACACGCAGGCAGAAGGAGCCCACAUUUGGUUUCAAAAUUUAUUUAUUAAUUGAUGUUAUUUUUUUUUAAAGUGGACUGUUCAAGAAUAUAAUGGACCUUCAUAAAUGAUGGUGGCAUGUGCACAAACACAUUUGUGUCACUUUUCAUCUCACUGUGCUGUAUGUGGACUGGAGAUCGACACUGAAAUGAAUGAACUCACAUUAUUUCUUGACAAUAUAAAAGGACACCAAAAAUGACAAAGUAUGAGCUUGUUUCUCAGUACCUUAUCACAUUCUCAGCCAGGCCUGUUGCUAAAGAUUGGAGAGAUAAAUCUGCAUGCAAUUCAUUUUCAUCCUUUAGUUUUAAACUUAACCAGCUGCAUACUGUGUCUGUGAGGGCUGUUUUCAUCAGUAGAUUAGUCCAUGUUUGGUGCCCUAGUCACUAUUUAUGGCAGCAUUAACAUGCACUGUUAAGCCAGUUUGCCCGUUAAUGACGCUGCUUGUCUGAAUGCUUUUUGUCCUGAGUUUGGGCUAUUGAAAGUGAUAAUGUUACAGAUAGUUCAGGAGAUUAAGUCUCUGUUGACUUUCUUACUAUUCAACCAACGUCACAGUAUUCUCCUAACUUUGCUGAGUGCUGUGAGCUGCCUAAACACAACCAUGAAGACAGGAAUCGUGUUCGAAUUGCCACAAGCAAAUAUUUAGGCAAAACAAAUGAAAUAUAUUGAUUGUUUUGCACAUAUUUUGUGAUUUUGCAAAUAAUUUAUUAAAAAUACAGUUUCUUUGGAAAUGUAUGCUGCAAAUCAGUAGCAUGACAUCCAGCAGAAGUUAAAUGUUGUUACCAAACACACUGUUAUCUUAAAUUCUGUUUGGAAGAUGAAAUUCUGUUUUUAGUGUUUCCCAAUCAAUCAGUGAUGAAUUCAUCCAACACAGCAGUCGGUGGCCUAAAGCAGUCUGUAUAGUUGACUGAACUUCCUCCACAGUUGUUGCUUUGUGGACAUUUUUCUGUUGCUGUUUUUCACAGAUGUCGUUACGCAGCUAGCGUGCUAUGAGGGACGACGUUUGGUCAACAGACCAGCAGAAUAGGGAACAAUGAGCACAAUACCAGUCUUUUUGGGAUCACUUUAUGAAUGAGAGAUGGGUGUAAAGAUUCAGAGGUAGGUGGGACUGUAGCUAGAUUAUUAUUACUUCAUGAACAAUUGAAUAAAUUAACAGGUUAGUGUUUAAUCCAGAAUUUAGUUCUGCAGGUAUGACAUUACGGCUCACUGUAACUCUGCACUGGUAGGAAUGAGAAGUGAGUACAUUUAAACAGAUCAGACAGCCAGUGGACAAUCAUCAGGGCCAUUCAUCGUAACAGAAACCUGAAGUGUCGGUAAAGACGCUGCACUGUGGAUCUGUAGCAUCAUCUAUAACGCUCAUGUGUUGAGUCCCUUACUGGUCUCCUUUUUUAAUUUCUUGUUUUAAAAGAACAUGAUUCUCAGUGGUACAACACUGCCUCCAUGACCGAGUUAAAACAGAGACACAGACAUAGCAGUGUUUGUAAAAUUGUGCAGCUCAACUUCUUCACUGUGGCCGUUUCAAAUCAUUCCUUGUUCGUCAUUUCAAGGUGUCGUAGACAAUCACUCCGCCUGCCUUAACUCAGUGUCUGCCUGAACACCCACACACACGCACACACGCACACACACACACACACACACACACACACACACACACACACACACACACACACACACACACACACACACACACACACACACACACACACACACACACCUUGGUUUUCCCAUUGAAACAGCUGUGUGUUUUCACUCUGUACAGUAUAUUUAUGUUGUGAAGUGAAUAUCUACUGCAAGAUGAAGAUACAUUUCAACACAGAAAAGUUCUCUGCUUUAUGUUGAGGUCAAAUUGCUUCUGUUGUGGAACUGAUUCUCUUAAUAUUGCUUUCUUUGUUUUUGUUCUUAGUUAACUCUUUUCUUUCUGUGAGUUGACAGUCUGUCCCGUCUUAAACUGAAGUACUUUUCUCCCGAAAGAGAGAGUGACUAAAACAUUUUGUUUUCUUUAAAUAUACUUUAUUGUAAUAGCAUCAAACCAAUAAAAUUCUGCGAAGUAAAGCUCCA